AUGGGGCACAGGAGGCACCAGUUCCAAGCCCUGCUCUGGAAGAACUGGCUCUGCAGACUCCGGCACCCGGUCCUUUCCCUCGCGGAAUUCUUCUGGCCUUGUAUCCUGUUCAUGAUUCUGACAGUACUUCGUUUCCAAGAACCUCCCAGACAUAGAGACAGUUGUUACUUGCAACCCCGUGAUCUGCCCAGUCGGGGCGUUAUGCCCUUUGUCCAGGGACUUCUUUGUAACACCGGGUCAAAGUGCAGGAACUCCAGCUUUGAAGGGUCCAUGGAACACCAUUUUCGCUUUUCCAGGUUUCAAACUGCAGCUGACCACCGGAAGGUGAAUAGCGUGGCCUUUUUAAAAGAGAUGCAGGAUCUGGCCGAGGACAUUUGUGAAACAAUGGACAAAGCAAAAAACUUACAAAAACUUUGGAGACAAAGAUCUAAGACCCCAGGUUCUUCUUAUGGAUCCAGUUUUUUAACAAUGGAUCUCAACAAAACAGAGGAGGUGAUAUCAAAACUGGAAAGCCUCCACCAGCAACCUCAUAUCUGGGAUUUUUUACUUUCAUUGCCGAGACUACGUGCAGACCCUGUUCACGUGGAAGACAUCCUGCGGGGCUUGGUCCACUUCCUGCAGGCAGUUUUGAAUUCCUUAACAUCUCUGGAAGAUUUAGACUGGCUGCCACUCAACCAGACCUUCUCCCAGGUUUCUGAACUUGUACUGAAUGUGACCAUCUCAACGCUGACAUUUCUGCAGCAACAUGGAGUAGCAGUUACCGAGUCAGCUUAUCAACUGUCGCUUCAGAAUAUGGUGUGGGAUCCACGGAAAGUUCAGUCUGAUCUCAAAUCCAAGUUUGGCUUUGAUGAUCUUCAAAUGGAACAAAUCCUGAAUUAUUCAGCAGAGCUAAAGGAGAUUCCCACAGAGAGGUCCUUAGAAAGGAUGGUGUGUUCAGUCUUGUCCAGCGUAUCCAAGGAUGAAGCUGAGAGGGACCACCAUGGUGGAGACUGUCAUCCUGAGUGGGUAGAAGCCAAGAACUAUCUCAUCCAUGCAAUCAGUUGGCUGCAACUGUAUGGACAGGUGUUUCACCAGUGGCAACAGAGUGGCCUGCUUCAGAAGAUACUCACAGGUGCUGCCCAUAGUCUGGGGGCCCUCAGGGACCAGCUUGAAGAAGGGGAUGAGCCAUGGAACGUGGUGGAAACCUUGCAUACUGGACUGCUCCUCCUGAGUGACAGUUUGGCAGCCGAUGGACCUGAAGACAGUCUUCACUCUCCACAGAUAUCAGAGCAUCUGCAGAAAUUGCAGAGUGUGCUGCAAAACCUGUCUCAGUGGCCAGAACUAAAGAAAUUGCUGCAACUGGAUGGUGCUCUCAGGAAUGCAAUAGCCCAGGAUUUGCAUUUCAUCCAAGCAAUCCUCAUUCACCUGGAGACUUCAGUGAACAAUUCUAUGCAGGGUGGACCUGAUCGAUGGAAACUAGAAAAGGAUGUGUUCUUUGGGGGGUUAAAGCAGAUGUUGACAACAAAGAAUGCUACUGUUCCCUGCCUAAAUGAACGCUUUUCUGAGAAGGAGGUCCCUCUGCCCCCUGGGAUCUGGGGGGACCCCUGGGGACUGCUGUGCCACCAUAGAUCCUUCAAUGAGACCCCUGUUUUCAACAGGCUACUUAGUGCAGUAGAGGAUGCUGAUCAUAUUUUGCAAGAAGUCUUUACCCAGCACAUGGAUAUGCCAGUUUCGGUACCUGAAGAGUAUUUGGGCUGGCAGGAACUGGAGACACAGCUGUCAGAAGUGAGCCUUUCCUGUUCUCGGCUCUUCCAGUUGCACGGUACUGAUGCCUCACCUGGGACUGGUGUCUCCUCUGGUGGCUGUGAACACCAGCUUGUCUCCACCCUGAUAUUUCAUAUGCUUGAAAAAGUACAACUGUUCCUGGAGCAAACAUCCUAUGGGAAGGCUUUCCUGGGGCUUCUCAGGAAGGCUUGUGAAGUGGCACGAUGUGUGAACAUGCAAGGAAAUUUCCAGAACAGUCUGCUUUUAACUUUCUCUAAGAACUCUCUCUGUUUUGCAGAAAACAUAAAUUGGAAAAUCAUUGGCGAUAAUUAUUUUUCAUUUUUGAAUGACUUAUUGGCUUCUCCAAAAACUUCCAUAGCCAGUGCCUUAAACUGCACAAAGCACCUUCUGGUGAUGGAAAAGAAGUUUCAUGCCUCUGAGGAUGAACAGAUGAACUUUCUUUUAUCAUUUGUGGAAUUUUGGGAGAAAUUAUUACUACCUAAUCCUUUCAACUCAUUCAGGGUUCCCAAAUUCCACAACUCAUCUUUCACCAAGGAAGUUCUGAAUAAAAGUGUUUUGUGGAUAAAUCACUUUGAGAGUUUAGAGAGAGACCCACCUGCUGCUGAAGCUCAGGAGCUUUUAGAAUUUGGGAAAGAGGUGAUUGAAAAACUGCAAACUGUUGGAAGUCACUGGAUGAGAAGCCAGUCUACAAAUAUUUUGAGAUUCAUGGAAUUAAUACUUCUUGAAAUUAACCCCAAACUUCUAGAAUUAUGGCUCAAUGGCAUUUCUAAAGGAGAAAAAGCUAAAUUGGAAAACUUUUCUUCACUUUUAAAUUUUUCUGUUCCAGAAAAUGAGAAAAUUUUUAGUAAAAGCAUAAACAUUUCCCAGUUAUUCCAUUCAAAUUGGUCAAAAUCACCAGCAGUGAACAUGGAUUUUGUACAUUUAAGUGAAACUGUGAUGAAUGGUCUCUAUGAAUUUGGAUUGCUGAGGCAUGAUCAAGUCUCAGAAGCUCUGGACACAGUCUAUUUUGUAAAGAAUGCGUCUGAUCUUUUCUCAGCCCUUUCUGAACCUCAAAAACAGGAAGUUAAUAACAUUUUGACACACAUACACCUAAAUGUCUUCAAAGACAAGGAUUCAGCUUUACUUCUACAAAUUUAUUCUUCCUUUUACCGAUAUAUUUAUAAAUUCUUGAGUGUGCAGAGUAGAGAUUCUCUGCUAAUGUAUCUUACCCAAAUCUCAAGAUAUAUUUUGGACAUCAUAAAGCAAUUUAAUUUUCAAAACAUCAGUAAAGCAUUUGAAUUUUUGUCUGAGACCGCAGGGAUUCUUGGGGGAAUUUCUAAAGUAUCUUAUUGUCAGCAGUUGUUUUCAGUUUUUAACUUUUUGGAGCUUCAAGCUCAAUCCCUGAUGUCUACAGAGGGCCAAGAAUUGGAAAUGAUCCAUGCUACCUUGACAGGCCUCAAACAGCUGCUAAUAGCAGAUGAAGAUUUUCGCAUGUCUUUAUUUCAAUAUGUCAGUCAUCUCCUCAAUGGUUCAGUAGAAACCCUGUUGGGUAAUGAAUGCUUUGUUUUGGAUAAUGAAAUCAUUUCCUCUAUGAAUUAUUUAACAGACAAGGGAUCUUCAUUUAAUCUUCCAUGGUCACAAAUUUUUUCAAACCUCUCAGCAAAUGUCAGCGUGUUGAAUGAGUUUUUGGCUGUUCACUGCACCAUUUCAUGGCUUCAAAUGUGGACUGAAAUCUGGGGAAGUAUAUCUCAAAUAUUUAAGUUUGACUUGAAUAUCUUCACUUCUCUUCAUGUUGGACUCACUCAGCUUUUGGAUGAAUUAGAAAAGGAUGUGAAAAUUUCUAAAAGCUGCCAGGGAGUCUUUCCCACUCAUCAUGCAGUUAGACUCAUAUUAAAUUUGUUUAAAAAUGUGACUCAAGCUGAUGAUUUGCAGGAUUGGCAUGACUUGAUGGAUCUCAGGGAUCUAUGGGUAGCAUUAGGUGAUGCAUUAGUUGCAGUAAAAUCACUUAACUUGGACCAAAUAGAAAAAUCCCUUUUCACCAUGGAAACUACCCUGCACCAGCUAGAGACACUUCCAUUGAACACAAACACAAACAGGGAGUUUUUAUAUUCUCUGCUUGAGGUUUUCAUUGAGUUAAGCCAGACCUCAGAAUAUAUGGAUAGUAAUGCAGAUUUGAUAAAUCAUUUUCUUUUAAAUAAUCUCACAGAUCAUGGAGAUAACAAAUUUCAAAGCAUCAUCACCAAGCUAAGAGAAACAAUAUUAUUUCUUAGAAAUGUGUCUCAUGAUCAAGAUUUAUUGUCCUGUGCUGAUGUUUUCCAAAAUGUAACAAAGUUGAUUUUAGAAGAAGGCUUAUUUCAUGUAAAUACCUCACAGCAGACAGUACAAAUUCUGGAUGUGUUAUAUUCCACAUUAUUCUCUGAGAACACAGUUGGUAGACUGAGAGGAUGCAUGGCAUGGAUAGAUGCCAUCAAUCGUCUAUAUGUGAUGUAUAAUUCAAGUUUUUCACAAGGACAUCUGGACAGUGUUUUGGGGAGUUUUAAAGAUACGGACAACAAAAUGAACUCCACAUUGAAAAUGGUAACUUGGCUGCUAAAUAUAAAGAAACCCCUUUGUUCUUUGGGUGAGUCAAAUAUAAAUUGUGUAAAUGUUUACUUGAAAGAUAUAACUGACUUUCUAAAUAUUGUACUUACUACAGUCUUUGAAAAAGAGGAAGUACCAAAAUUUGAGAUUUUAUUAGCUGUUUUGAAUGGUUCCACAAAUCAAGUAAGGAUGAUUGUAAACAACUUAACAAGAGACUUUGAUUUUCUCUCCCAAUCCAAUUGGAAAUAUUUUAAUGAAUUAGUUCUAAGACCUACAGAAAUGUCACGUGAAAUUCCUAAUCAGUUUCAAAAUCUUUGGCUGCAUUUAAUAGCAUUGGGGAAGGAAAUUCAGAAACUUGUAAAAGAUAUUUUCUCUAAUAUCCUGGAAAAUAAUUCCUCUUCUAAAACUGAAAACUAUUUUAGUAUAUUUGGUACCAGUCCAAAGGAAAAUGAUAUAAAGAGUUUAGGCAAUUCAAUUUAUCAUUUAGCUAAUUACCUUGCUUUCAGUUUAUCUCAUGAUCUUCAAAACUCACCAGAAACAAUUUCACAUGAACUAAUGAAAGCUGUGGAUCUUGGUAUUCAGUGGAUGAGGGAUGUGUUCAACUCCUUAAUGCCCACUGUUUCUCACAAUAUCCCACAAAAUACAAGUCGUGCUCAAGUUUUAAAGAAGGUGGCUUCUCUCAUGCGUACUCUCAAGAAAGCAGACAUAGACCUUGUAGUAGAUCAGCUUGAACACAUUAGUGAGAGCCUGGUGGAUUUCUUCAAGAAUCUCAGUAGAUUAGAUAGGGGCAAUUCAGGGGUCAACUUGCUUGUUGGCUUGAUGGAGAAAUUUGUAGACAGUUCCCAUGCUUGGAAUGUCAAUCAUCUGCUUAGGCUCUCCCGUCUGUUUCCUAAGGAUGAUGUGAAUGCAGUAGUGGAUUUGUACUAUGCUCUUCCUCAUAUUGUGAGUCUCCUGCAGAGAGUGACUGAUAAAAACAUCACACAGGCCCUCAAAGAUGUCUAUAACUUUACACUCCUUCAUGGCAUAAGCAUUUCAAACAUGACCAAGGAGGACUUUGCUGUUGUGAUAAAAGCUCUUCUGGAUAUAGUCACACUAAUAUCAGACCAACCAGCUAUUGUCUCAGAAGUUUUAACCUGCCUUCCUGUGGUUUGGUGCUGGAAUCAUACAACCUAUGGAUUUCAGCAGAAUCCAGAAUUGGAAGCCUGCAAAGUCCAUGGGCUUAUGUCUUCUUCCUUUUAUCACCAAGUGGCCAUAAUACUUGACCAUCUCCACCUGACUCCCCCAGGUGAAGGUUCACAAUGUUCAAAUGAAAGUUCACAAAUGGAAAUACGUAGGCAAGUUAUUUGUGUAAUUCAUGAAUUAGCGGACUGGAAUUCCAUCCUUCUAGCACUGUCCGAAGUCUUCCAUGCUAAAAUCUCACUAGUGAAAAUGGUGCAAGAAUUUUGGCAUAAGGUGUUACCUUUUAUUCCACUUUCUGAAAAUCAAAGUAGUGACAGCAUCGCUGAACAUUGUCCUGGUGGUCCAAUAAAGCAAAUUGCUUUGCAAAUCAUAGAAAAGCUAAAAAAUGUCAAUUUUACAAAAGCUACUUCUGGAGAAAACAUUUUUGAAAAACUGGCUGGUUUAAAUAAGAUUCUUAACAUUACUGAAGGCACAGAGAAAUUUGUCCAAAAUAAUAUUUCCUUAAAUUUGGAAAGGAUGAUCAAGUUGAUUGCUGGGGAUUGGAGCCUAGAAAAUAACAGUGCUUAUUUACUCUCUCCACUCACGAUUCUUCUGAAUGCAAGUUUCAUGGAAAGUAGUUUAGAAGCACUAACAAGUUUUAUUAAAAAUAGUGACACUAUUUACAACCUUGAUGGACUAUGGCUUGACUUUAAACAAACCAUGAAAGAACUAACCCAUGACUUUAGUAUCAGGCACUGGUUCUCUAUAAUUAAGAAGGAAAUCCAAAGUAUAAAUUCAGUGACUCUUCAAAGCUUAGUUUUACAACUUUCCCACUUUCUGGAAAGCUUGGAUUCAUCACUAUUGAGGACAUUAGAAAUUACUGAAGAUUUUUUGUUGACCACAAAAAAAUGGUUUCAUGAAAUUGAAAACAAAGAUUACUCUAAAUUGAUACAAACAUUAUUUGUUCCUGUGACCAGCGAGAGUUUAACUGAUAAUAUAACUAAAGAUAUGACUAAUUAUUUGGAAUUUCUGAAAAGCAUUUCAAGAGAAGGCAAUUUCAAUGUUGACUUUCUUACUCAUCUGCUAAAUCAAGAGCAACUAACCAAUUUCUCAGUUGUUCAGUUGCUUUUUGAAAGCAUUCUGAUUAAUUUCAUCAAUAACUUAGCUGAGAGAUCUCAAGAAGUGGUCCCAAAUUUAAGUGAUGAUGACCUUCAAAAAAUGAAUAUCAUUAACCUCACCUUGAAUCACAUGCCAUCCGACAAUGGUGGGAAAACUAUUCUCCCUCCAAGGAGCACAGGGGAUUUCAAAGAACAGUUUUUGAGAAUAUUCUCCUCCCUUUUACUAAAGGGAAAUUCUGAGAACAAAAUAUCUCUUCUGCUAAAAGACUUCCACAAAGAUGCUAUUGCAGAGAUGAGUUUUUUUCCAAAAGAUAAAAUUCUAGAAGUUCUGAAAUUGGAUCAAUUUCUUACCUCAAAGAAUGAAGAAAGAUUGAUGGAUUUUUUCUCAAGUUUAAAGGAGACUAUAUAUCAUUUAAUCAAAAACUCAUUUAUAUUAGACAAUGGAGAACUUUAUUUUGAUAACCAUCAAGGUCUGGAAUUCAUAAAAGAUUUGUUGCAUGCCUUUGUAAGGGAAACCUCAAUAAAAAAUAAGUCUGAAGAUAAUUUGGACUUCCUUACAGUGGUGAGUCAGUUGCUUUUCCAUAUAAAUAGUCCUGAGGAGCUCUUCAAACUUAAUCAAAAUCUUGGGUCAGUUCUUCAUCUUGUGAGAGAAAGUUCCACAGAGAUAGCAAAUCUUAUGGAUACUCUUUUAAACUCUCUCAGUAAGGACUUCCACACCUUAUAUCCUACACUCCAAGAAGUCAUAUUAUCUAACCUAACUGAUUUGUUUUUCUUUAUACAUAACUCAUUUCUUCUAAGAAACAGAGAAACAUUAGAAAUUACUAAGAGGUUACUUGGUGUUAUUUCUAGAGCUUCUGAAAAUAGUCAUGUCCCGGAACCUCUCUUAGAAAUGUCUAGAACUCUGACCAUGCUGUUGAGCAACAGUGCUGAGCUGAGAGAUCUUGCCAUAUUAGUGGACUCCACUGUGAAACUUCUCAAGCUAUCCAAGAAAGUUGCAGGACAGAUGGCUAUGAUUUUUGACACUCAUUUAAUCUCCAGUACCAAGGACACCAUUAAAUUCUUUGAUACUCUCUAUUCCAUCAUGCACCAAAGGGUUCAACAUCUUGUGAAGGAAAUAACUACUUUGAAAAAGGUAGAUCAUUUUAUAUUUGAAAAGAUAAAUGAUUCAUUACUGCCAUUUCUUGACUUGGCCUUUGGGAUGAUUGGGGUCAAACCUAAUAUUUCACAAGACUCUGAUAUUUUCAGUGUGUCAUCUAUCAUACUCUCAUAUGUGAACCAAUCCAAGGACUUUUCUGAUAUUUUGGAAGAAAUAGCUGAAUUUUUAACUUCUAUGAAAAUCGAUUUGGGAGUUUUGGAGCAUCUUAUGGUGACAUUUAGUAAUGUGUCUCAAAUAUUUUCUAGGGAUUCUAUCAAUUUAUGGGAGGAAAUUCUGGAUUGCUUAGUUCCUAUAAAUAACAUUACCAACCAAAUGGACUUUUUACAGCUUAAUCCAAAUUCUAGCCCUCAAGAUACAAAGCAGGAAAGGAUUCAUGAAGUGAUUUGUUUUUUGGAUAAAAUGUUAACAGAAAGCAGCACAGAAAUAGGAACUUACUUGAAAAUGGCGAUUAAUCUUACCUUAGAAACUCUUUGGAAUAGCUUGAAGAAGGAUAACUGGGAGGUUUUAAAUCUGUUGUUGACAUUUUUUCAGCAUCCCAAUAACCUUUUGAAAACCAUAGAACAGGCCUCCAGUGGAACUGAAAGUGAGUAUGGAGAUUAAUUAAGUAAAGGUUUAUCUUUCAACACAUCUUUGAUUGAGAACAUAACCCAUCAUCAACUUGAAAAAGCAACCCAGUUUGUGUUAAGUAGAACAACUCUCUCAAGGAAAGGGCUCCUCCCUAACAACUCCCAGUGGGAAAAUUCCAUAAGCACUGUGUUUCAUCCAAUUUUGGAGAUUUUUCUUAAUGCAACCAUUGGAAAGAAUGGCAUGUCGGCAAAAGAAGCCUGGUCCCAGGAUGAUAUGAUGAAUUUUCCUUAUGGUUUCAAACCAUUAUAGUAUUUCAAGAAAUACCUGAGAAGAUUAUUUGUAUUGAUUGAAUACUGGCAAAAAGUGUCGCUGACAGAUGAAAGUGUUGUUGAGAUGUGUCAAGUUUUCCAGCAGCUGGAGAAGCCCUCUGAAGCCAUCGAGAUACUGCAGAAAGUGAAGAUGGUAGUUUUGCGUGUGCUUAUCAUCUUUGCAGAAAACCCUUCCUUGACUAAGGACAUUUUGUGUGCUACUCUGAGUUGCAAGGAAGGUGGGAUACGGCAUCUCAUUUUGUCUACUAUCCAAGGGGUCACUUUGGUGCACAAAAACUACCAGGAAAUUGAAAAGAUAUGGUCCUCACCUCAUCAGCUAGAUUGUGAACACCUUAGCAGAAAUCUUUCUAUCACCUUGGAAAGCUUCAGAAGGAACUUGGAAAAUGCCACCAGCCAGGACUGUACAUGCCAACCCCUGCUAGAGACAGUUCAGCAGCACAUGAACAUGUUGGCCGAAAGCCUCGAGGAGUCUUGGUUGUCCAGGAAUUCCAUUAUGACUUUUCUUAGCAAUUUCACAGUCACCGAGAAUGUAAAAGUAAAAGAUUUGGUGAAGAAUAUCACUAAGCUAACCGAAGAACUUCGGUCUUCUGUCCACAUCUCAGAUGAGACCAUCCACAGCAUCUUAGAAGCAAAUAUUUCCCAUUCAAAGGUUCUCUCCAGUGCCCUUGCCAUGGCUUUUUCUGGAAAGUGUGAUCAAGAUAUUCUUCGUCUCCUGCUGAUAUUUCCUGAGGAUAAAACAUCUUUGCUUGCAAUGAAGGAACUCUGUGACUUGCCUGGGUGGAAAGUGUAUCCUCUGAUCGUGGUGAUGAGUCAGAACCUGAACCCGCGGAUUUUCAUUUACAAAACUCUUAUACCUUCUGAAGCAAAUGGCUUGCUCAACUCCCUGUUGGAUGUCAUUUCCAGCCUCAGCGCCCUACUUGCCAGAGCCCAGCAUGUCUUCAAAUACCUUCCUGAAUUUCUUCACACAUUUAAAAUUACUGCCUUGCUAGAUAUGCCGGACUUUGGACAGGUUUCACAAAAUGACCAGGCUAGAAGUUCAGCUUUUGGUUCUUUGCAGACUGUGAUGAAACUGGUUUGCAAGGGCCAAGCAUCAUUCCUUAGCAAUUCUGACAUGUUCCUUAAUUUGCCCAGAGUUAACGAACUCUUGGAAGAUGACAAGGAAAAAUUCAACAUUCCUGAGGAUUCAACCCCAUUUUGCUUGAGGCUUUACCAACAAAUUCUCCAGUCUCCAAAUGGCGCAUUGGUGUGGUCUUUCCUAAAACCUAUAUUACAUGGAAAAAUACUGUAUACACCCAACACUCCAGAAAUUAACAAGGUCAUUCAAAAGGCUAAUUAUACUUUUUAUUUUGUGGACAAGCUAAAAAUUUUAUCAGAAACACUGCUGAAGAUAUCAAGUCUUUUCCAGGGAAGUGGAAAUGGCCAGAUGCUCAGUCACCUGCAGGAAGCACUGCAAAACAAAUUUAUAAGAAACUUUGUAGAAAGCCAGUUGCACAUUGAUGUGGACAAACUCACAGAAAACCUCCAGACAUAUGGAGGCAUGCUGGAGAAGAUGUUUAACCAUGCAGGGUCUGGACACUUCCGUUUCUUGGGCCAAGUCUUGGUGAAUCUUUCUUCUUGUGUGGUGCUGGACCGCUUCCAGGCUGUAGAGUCUGCUGACAUCCUGGAGACUAAAGCACAGGAACUCAUGCAGCAGAACAACUUCUUGGCCAGUGUCAUAUUCAACAGUUCCUUAGUCAGCAAGAGAAUCAGAUCAGCAUCUCUCAGAUUGCCACCCCAUGUCACGUAUACAAUUCGAACCAGUGUCUUACAUAGCAUGAGAACAGAUUUGAUAAAAAACCCUUCUUGGAAGUUCCAUCCUCAGAGUCUACCAGCCAAUGGUUUCAAAUAUAACUACAUCUUUGUCCCACUGCAAGAGAUGAUUGAAAGAGCCAUCAUUGAGGUGCAGACUGGCCAGGAAGCCCUGGAGCCGACCACUCAGACGCAGGCAGCCCCCUACCCAUGCCACACCAGUGACCUAUUCUUGAACAAUGUUGGUUUCUUUUUUCCUCUGAUAAUGAUGUUGACUUGGAUGGUGUCAGUGGCCAGCAUGGUCCGAAAACUGGUUUACGAGCGGGAGAUCCAGAUAGAAGAGUACCUGAGGAUGAUGGGAGUGCAUCCAACGACUUACUUCCUGGCUUGGUUCCUGGAGAAUGUGGCCAUGCUGACCUUGAGCAGUGUUGCUCUGGCCAUCAUUCUGAAAACAAGUGGCAUCUUUACCUACAGCAAUGCAUUCAUCAUCUUCCUCUUCCUCCUGGAUUUUGGGGUGUCGGUUGUCAUGCUAAGUUACUUCUUGAGUGCAUUUUUCAGCCAAGCCAACACAGCAGCCCUGUGCACCAGCCUCGCAUACAUGAUCAGCUUUCUGCCCUACAUAGUUCUGUUGGUCUUACACAAUCAACUAAGUUUUGUCAUUCAGACAUUUCUGUGCCUCCUCUCGACAACUGCCUUUGGACAAGGAGUAUUUUUCAUUACCUUCCUGGAAGGACAAGAGGCAGGGAUCCAGUGGAAUAAUAUGUAUCGGGCUCCAGAACCAGGGGGCAUGACAUUUGGCUGGGUUUGCUGGAUGAUUCUGUUUGAUUCGAGCCUUUAUUUUUUAUGUGGAUGGUACUUCAGCAACUUGAUUCCAGGAACUUUCGGUUUAAAGAAACCAUGGUAUUUCCCCUUUACUCUGUCAUAUUGGAAGAAUAUAUGUGGCUUGGUGGAGAAACAGCGACGCUCUUUAUGUUCUAGUUUAUUCUUCUUCAAUGAGAACUUUGGCAAUCAAGGGCCAUCACAACGAAGCAGAGAAGGAGAGAUUGAAGGAGGCCCCCCAGGAGUCACCCUGCUGUCUGUGACGAAGGAGCACGAGGGCCACAAGGUGGCUGUGCAAGACCUCACCCUUACCUUUCACAGAGGCCAAAUAACUGCGCUGCUGGGGACCAACGGUGCCGGGAAAACCACCAUCAUAUCCAUGUUGACAGGGCUCUAUCCUCCCACUUCUGGAGCCAUCAUCAUCAAUGGCAAGAACCUGCAGACAGACUCAUCUAGAGUCAGAACAGAGCUGGGAGUAUGUCCUCAGCAGGAUGUCCUAUUUGCCAAUCUCACUGUACGGGAACAUCUCCUACUCUUUGCUUCCAUAAAGGCACCAGAGUGGACCAAGAAGGAGUUACAGCAGCAAGUCAACAAAACUCUCAAGGAUGUGGGGCUAAUUCAGCAUCAGCACAAACAAACUCAAACUCUCUCUGGAGGCCUGAGGAGGAAGCUCUCAAUUGGCAUUGCUUUCAUGGGGACAUCAAGGACAGUGGUUCUGGAUGAGCCUACCAGUGGGGUGGACCCUUGCUCCCGGCGCAGCCUCUGGGAUAUUCUGCUCAAGUACCGGGAAGGUCGCACCAUCAUCUUCACCACCCACCACCUGGAUGAAGCUGAGAUGCUCAGUGACCGAGUGGCCGUCCUACAGCAGGGGAGGCUGAGGUGCUGCGGUCCUCCUGUCUGCUUGACAGAAGCCUAUGGCCAGGGACUCAACCUGACACUCACAAAGCAAGUCUCUGUUCCUGAGCUCUAUGAUCCCAAGGACCUAGCUCAUGUCACAUCCCUGAUACAGCUCUAUGUUCCACAAGCAUUUCUCAAAGACAGCAGUGAGAGUGAGCUGACCUUUGCCAUUCCAAAGGAUGCAGACAAGGCCUGCUUCAGGGAGCUCUUUGAGGCCCUGGAUCAAAACUUAGAGCAAUUGCACCUGACGGGAUAUGGAAUCUCAGACACCACACUGGAAGAGGUGUUUUUGAUGCUUUUGCAAGACUCCAAUAAGAAAUCUCACCUUGCUCCGGGGGCCCACUUAGAGUCUCAGAACCAGAGACCCACUGGACCUUCUCCAGCCUAUUGUGACUUUCCUGUGAGGAUCCCACCUACACGAACCCUCAUUGCACCUGCGCAAGGUCACCAGCUGCUUCUCAGACAGGUAGCUGCACUCCUGAGGAAGAGGCUGCUCCGCACACUGAGAGCCUGGAAAAGUACAGUCUCAGACCUGCUGCUUCCUGUCCUCUUUGUGGCUUUGGCCAUGGGCCUGUUCAUGGUUCAGCCUCUGGCUACCGAAUACCCUCCCCUCAAACUGACACCUGGCCACUAUGAGAGGAUGGAAACUUACUUUUUCAGCAGUGGGAAUGACAACAUGGACCUCACCCAUGUGCUCUUACGGAAGUUUGGGGAUCAGGAUCCUCUCUGUGCUGACUUAUUUAGGAAGAAUUCUUCAUGCUGGUCUAGGGAUCCCUUCCCUCACCCAAAGUUCCAGGAUUCAUGUGGCUGCCUGAAGUGUCCAAAUGGAAGUGCUGGGGCUCCUUACCUGACUAACUGCCUGGGCCACACCCUGCUCAAUCUCUCAGGCUUCAAUGUGGAGGAGUAUUUGCUGAUGCCAUCUGAGAAACCAAGGCUUGGAGGUUGGUCUUUUGGAGUACAAGACCCCAGUGAAGUUCAGGACAUGAAUGCAAGCAUGUCGAAACCAAGAACUCUGGCAAAGGUGUGGUAUAAUCAGAAGGGUUUUCACUCCCUACCCUCCUACUUAAAUCAUCUAAACAACCUUAUUUUGUGGCGACACUUACCCCCUGCUGUGGACUGGAGACAAUACGGAAUUACACUCUACAGUCACCCAUAUGGAGGAGCCUUGCUGAAUGAAGACAAGAUCUUGGAGAGCAUCCGGCAGUGUGGUGUUGCCCUCUGCAUUGUGCUGGGAUUCUCUAUCCUGUCUGCAUCAAUUGGCAGCUCUGUGGUGAGGGACAGGGUGACCGGUGCCAAGAGGUUGCAGCACAUAAGUGGCCUUGGCUACAGGACCUACUGGUUCACUCAUUUCCUGUAUGACAUGCUCUUUUACUUGGUUUCUGUCUGCCUGUGUGUCGCCAUUAUUACCGCCUUCCAGUUAACAGCUUUCACUUUCCGUGAGAACUUGGCGGCCACAGCCCUCCUGCUGGCACUUUUCGGAUAUGCAACACUUCCAUGGAUGUAUCUGAUGUCCAGAAUAUUCUCCAGUUCAGAUGUGGCUUUUAUCUCCUACAUCUCAUUGAACUUUAUCUUUGGCCUAUGCACCAUGCUGAUGACCACCAUGCCCCGGAUCCUGGCCACCAUCUCCAAAGCCCAGAAUUUACAGAACAUCUAUGAUGUCCUCAAGUGGGUCUUCACUAUUUUCCCUCAAUUCUGCUUGGGUCAAGGACUGAUAGAACUCUGUUAUAACCAGAUCAAAUAUGACCUGACCCACAACUUUGGCAUUGAUUCCUACGUGAGUCCCUUUGAGAUGGACUUCCUGGGCUGGAUCUUUGUGGAAUUGGCCUCUCAGGGAACAAUUCUUCUCCUCUUGAGGAUCCUGCUGCAUUGGGACCUUCUGCAUUGUUCAAGGGGUCACUCUACUCUUCAAGGCACAGUCAAGUCUUUGAAGGAUAUAGAUGUCGAAAAAGAGCAAAUGAGGGUGCUUGAAGGAAGGACCAGUGGAGACAUCCUUGUGUUAAAGAGCCUCAGUAAAUGUUAUGGAAGGUUUUUUAAGAAGACUACUGCUGUGCAAGAUAUUAGUUUAGGCAUACCAAGAGGAGAGUGCUUUGGACUUCUAGGGGUGAAUGGAGCUGGGAAGAGCACUACGUUCAAAGUUCUGAAUGGUGAAGUUCCUCCAAGUUCAGGACAUGCUGUGGUCAGAACUCCCACGGGAGAGGAGGUGGAUCUGUCUUCUGCUGGCAAGGCAGGUGUUCUUAUUGGCUACUGUCCACAGCAGGAUGCCCUAGAUGAGCUCCUGACUGGUUGGGAACAUCUCCAAUAUUACUGCAGCCUACGGGGGAUUCCAAAGCAGUGCAUCCCUGAGGUGGCGGGAGACCUUGUGAGACGCUUACACCUGGAAGCCCACGUGGAGAAACCUGUGUCCACCUACAGUGGGGGAACCAAGCGGAAGCUCUCCACAGCUCUAGCCCUGGUGGGGAAACCUGACGUUCUUUUAUUGGACGAGCCCAGCUCUGGAAUGGAUCCUUGCUCUAAAAGAUACCUGUGGCAAACAAUAAUGAAAGAGACUCGGGAAGGUUGUGCUGUGGUGCUGACCUCCCACAGCAUGGAAGAGUGUGAAGCUCUUUGCACCAGGCUAGCCAUCAUGGUUAACGGCAGCUUCCAGUGUCUCGGCUCCCCUCAGCACAUUAGGAAUAGGUUUGGUGAUGGUUAUACUGUCAAAGUUUGGCUCUGUGAGGAAGCAAAUCAGCCGAGUACUAUUUCUUACUGCUUAAAGCUCCAUUUUCCAGGAAUCCAAUUUCAGGGACAGCGCCUAAAUUUAUUAGAAUAUCAUGUGCCAAAAAGAUGGGGAUGCUUGGCUGAUUUGUUCAGAGUUCUAGAGGAUAAUAAGACCUUCUUGAACAUCAAGCAUUAUUCCAUCAAUCAGACCACUCUGGACCAGGUGUUUAUUAAUUUUGCUACUGAACAGCAGCAAACUCCACACUCUACUCUUGAUCUAUCCACUGAUUGUCACCGCCCAUAUCAUCUGUCUAUUUAACCAAAAAGGAAUAAUCU